CGUGCCCUGCGCUGGAUGCAGACGAUGACUUUUGCGAUCAAAGAGAUAAACAAACGCACGGAUCUCCUGCCGCGACUCAAGCUGGGGUUCCACAUCCGUGACAGCUGCGAUGAUAUACCCGUUUCCCUGAAAGCGUCCUUCCUGUUGGCGAACGGACAGCCAGAGGGCUUGAAGGGAAAUGCCAGUCAGGAUGAAGCCCCUGGUUUAGGAUGCGAGGCUGUCAACAGAACGGUGUCCUCGGUGAUCAUAGGAGACGCUGGCUCUGGUGUCUCCAUGGCUCUGCUGCGAAGUCUGGGUUCUUUCCAUAUUCCACUGGUGAGCUAUUUUGCUUCCUGCAGCUGCCUGAGUAAUCAGAGGGAAUUCCCCACAUUCAUGAGGACAAUGCCCAGUGACGCCUUCCAGAUAAAAGCCCUGGCCCAGCUGGUCCGCUACUUUGGCUGGACCUGGGUGGGAGUAAUUGGCGUGGAAUCCGAUUAUGCUCGCUUCGCCAUCCAGCUUUUCCUCCAGGAAUCAGUGCGCUAUGGUGUGUGUGCUGCCUACACACAUUUCUACCCCGUAGGCCUAAGCCAGCCGGCCAUUGAAAAGCUUCUGAAUGUUAUUCAGAUGACUUCUUCAAAAGUCAUCAUAAAUUUUUCUGGUGAGGCAGAGGUGCAGGACAUCCUCAGAGAGAUGCAACGUCGAAACCUGACCGGCUUUCAGUGGAUCGCCAGUGAGGCCUGGGCGACCUCCAAGUCGCUGUGGGAAAACUCAGCCAGUCUUCUGAAGGGAACUCUAGGGUUCGCCAUACAGAGAGCCGCUGUGAUUCCUGGGCUCCAGCAACAUCUGGCGGCUCUCACACCGUCAGCUAUUCAUCGAAUCGCUUUCUUGGCAGAAUUUUGGGAGGAAACGUUCAACUGUCGGCUGAACGGAUCCGCGAACGCUCACAAUCACGGGUUGGGGAGCCAACAAAGCAGAACGCCAUGCAAGGGGACUGAAGUCUUGCAUGACGUUUACUCUCCGUAUUCUGAUGUGACACAACUCCGGGUUUCAUACAACGUCUACAAAGCCGUGUAUCUCGUAGCCUACGCCUUGCAAGAUAUGAGUAAUUGUAAAGCUGGAGAGGGGCCGUUCGUCAAAAACACCUGUGCAGAUCCAAAGAAUUUUAAACCCUGGCAGCUUCUUCACUACAUGAAGCUUGCAAAUUUUUCCACACUGGGGGAGGAAGUCAACUUUGAUCAGAAUGGUGACCCAAUUGCUUAUUAUGAUCUGAUGAACUGGCAGACGGGGCCUGACGGCUCUCUAGAUUUGGUAAAAGUUGGUUUUUACGACGCCUCUUUUCCCGCCGGUAGCAGCUUGGUCAUAAACGACUCAGCGAUCAUGUGGCCGGUUGGAAAGCAGGCUCUCCGGUCUGUGUGCAGCAGCAGCUGCCCUCCAGGUUCUCGUAUUGCCAGGAGAAAAGGGGAACCUAUCUGCUGUUAUGAUUGUGUGCCCUGUGCCGAAGGAGAAUUUAGUAACACAACCGAUUCUUUAGAUUGCUCGCGUUGCUCCGGGGACACAUGGCCAAACAAAGCCAGAGAUCUCUGCAUCCCUAAAAGAGUGGAGUAUCUGUCUUACCAUGAGUCCAUGGGGGUUCUGCUGUGUGCUGCCUCGGUUCUGGGAGUUGGCCUUUCCCUGCUGAUCAUUGCCAUAUUCUACACACAUAAGGACACAGCACUCGUUCGAGCAAAUAACAUGGAGCUGAGCUUCCUCCUUUUGUUGUUUCUCACCAUAUGCUUCCUUGUCGGCCUGCUGUUCCUCGGCAAGCCUUCAGAGUGGCUAUGUCGGAUCAGGUAUCCAGCUUUUGGGAUCAGUUUUGCACUCUGCCUUUCAUGCCUUCUAGCCAAGACAGUGGUGGUUCUAAUGGCGUUUAGGUCGAGAUUGCCAGGAAGUCCCGUCAUGAAAUGGUUUGGAACCAAACAGCAGAGAGCCAGUGUGCUUUUGGGAACCACAGUCCAGGUUAUUGUCUGUUUUAUUUGGUUGCUUACCAGUCCGCCUCAUGCCAAUCACAAUACGAACUACCACAGCUCUACAAUCAUCGUCGAAUGUGCGACCGGUUCAGAAGUUGGCUUCUGGCUUGUUCUUGGGUACAUUGGAGUCCUGGCCUGCAUGUGCCUCGUGUUGGCCUUUUUGGCAAGAAAGCUGCCUGAUAAUUUUAAUGAGGCGAAGUUCAUCACCUUCAGCAUCCUGAUUUUCUUUGCUGUUUGGGUUACUUUCAUCCCGGUUUACAUGAGCACUGUUGGAAAAUACAUCGUAGCUGUCCAUGUUUUUGCUAUUUUAGCCUCAGCCUCAGGACUUCUCCUUUGCAUUUUUGCCCCAAAGUGCUACAUAAUUUUGCUUAAACCUGAAAAGAACAGUAAAAAAUUUCUAAUGCAAAGGUAGAACGAAACAUUGAAAUCG